AUGGACUCGAGACCGACCUAUAUUCCUCCACCGCCACCUCCGCCCCAGCAACAGAGUCAUGUCCUCAAUUUGCCCCCUCCGCCUCCUCGUCCACCUGCCGCAAACGCACCGCACAGUAUGGUUCCACCACCUCCGCCGGGUCCUCCUCCUUCAGCGACGAACAUGCCGGCUCAAUGGACCCAACAAGGGUGGGGCAGGCUCCCACCCCCGCCGCCUUUAGGUCCCAAUCAAAUCGGGGCCAAGCAAAAUCAGUAUCCGAAUCACGCUUACGAUUCCCCCUCCCCCCCUCAAUCGGAAGCUGUGGUCUCAGCAACUUAUAUCCCAGGUGGGGAGUCGUUUGGCCCCGGUGUUGGCAUACCGCCAUUAUACACCCAGCAAGAACAAGAGCCUGCAUUUGCACGCGACGAUAGCUUCUCAUAUAGUCACUUUGAAGCUGGCAUGCUCCACGAUCAGAGAUUCUUUAAUGGUCCUUCUUCUGCCAUAUCUCCUAGUAAAGAGUUACCUGCUUUCAACGAGCAUAUGAGCGGGCCAGGAAUCCAAUUGUCUCAAAAUAGACAAGGUGUAAGUCAACAUGCCUCUACACCCAUGAGUACGACGGUACCAAAUGGUCAGUCUCAGACCAACUCUGAUCAAGUUCCGUCGUCUGCAUCUGGGCAUGGACGUAGCAGCAGCUCCGGUCUAUUAUCUCCAAAUGACCCUGCGCGAGAGUGGCCUCCUGAUCGAGUAAGCAAAUGGCUUGAGGCAAACAGCUUCUCGGAAGAUUGGCAAGAGACCUUCCGAAGUCUCAACAUACAGGGAAGAGAUUUUCUCGAUCUUGGACGGGCGAACAACGGGAGAGGCAACUUUGGCAUGAUGCACCAACAAGUCUACCCUAGAUUGGCGAGAGUAUGUGGCAUGAGUGGAUCAGGUUGGAACCAAGAAAGAGAACAAAAGGAAGGAAGACGGAUGAGGCGCCUUGUUAGGGCUAUCGCUGAGAGUGCAGAGACGUUCAGAGGUCAUGGUCGUCGUGAAUCUGUUGGCUUAAUACCCAGCGCUUCGACAGAUGGCGGUGUGGAAACAUCUCCCAACCCAGGCAGCAUGGAAGCAUUCAGUCAAACACCUAGUACGGCUGGUGUGGAAGACGAAAGUCCUGGAAAAUUCUUCAGAUCUCCUGCUCCCGCGCUCAACCCUCGCAUGGCUUCCAAAACUCGCAGCAGUACUGCCCCAACUGCGAUAUAUAGCCAGGUUGGUGCCACGGCAAGCGAUACAGGUCUAGCUGAAAUGGCUCAAAUGGCUCGCUCGGGAUACUCUAGAGGUAUCUUAAGCAACAUCAACGACGCUGCGUCCAAACGCCACCAUAGCCCUAGUGCAUCAAGCGAUACCGGCACUGGGUCUACAUUCAUCGGCGAUGCUAUUCGCAACACAUAUGAUGCGAGCCCACAAAGUGGUAGUCCAUCAACCCAACACUCAACGCUUGUAGGAGGUGGUGCGCUCUCCGCUCCACCUCACAAUCGAAUAGGCCAUCGUAAGACUGGCAGUACUGAUUCAACGGCAUCACGAAGAAAUGGCAUAGAAAGCCAUAGACCUACCGCACUCGAUAUUGGGCCCAAGAACAGCCAUGCAGACCCUCCUUCAAGUGCGAAAGAACUCAGCAAAGGAUUCUUGGAAAGAUUUAGGAAGAGGAAGAAAGACCAUGAUAGUUCUCAUCCCUCUCCAGAAGACCAUUCACAGGAGUCUCCAACAAGCCCACAGAACCAUCGCUACAUGCCACCGUCGCAACCAUUCGCAAAGGGUGGCAGAAACUAUAGCACUACGUCUCUGGAGCGGCCUUCUUCGGCCUCAACUCAAAUGUCGGAACACGAGCGACUGUCACGUGAACGAGCUUUUGCACGCGGUCUAAGGCGGUAUGCGUUUGUCACUGCAGAUCAGUGGAACUACCGCCUCGUAGAUAUUACGGAAGCUGAAAGCUCUUUAGCUAUCAGGGAAGCCAUUUGUAGAGGUCUCAACUAUGGGGAGAAUGAUGUGGACAUGGCAUUGCUCUACCUUACCGAGCCCGGACAAAUUGAACAUGAUGAUCCAAUAUCCGACUCAAUGCUCUUGUUUUCAAAACACAGCAAGGCUGACUCCAGCGGUGCGCUGAAAAUCUUCGUCCGUCGUGGGCCGAACUCGGCUUCUCUAAUGCCUCCGCCGCUUUCUGCAGGUCUGGGCAUUGGAAUGUCUCCAAAGGCAUCACCUCCACCAGGUAGUGUGUUCCCAAGGAAAGCUGUAGAUGAGGACGGUUACAACCGCAUCAGAGUCAAUGGCAUGGCUCGCUCUCGCUCUCCGCCUCUAGCAUCUAGACAAAAUACGCUAAAGGCUAGCGACCCAGCUUCGGCUACCAACAUGAACGGUGAUGCAGACAAGUUUGCUGCGUUGUCGGACAUUACCACCGCCAAACAAAAGCUUCAGACCAUGAAGACUGCUCGCGAAAGUGGCAGUGUUUCAGACGCUGAUUGGGCAUCUUGGCUUGAGGCGGCAGUGGAAGAGUUCCAGCAAGACGUAGAGAAGAAAACUACCAACCGAGCUGAAGGCGGUAAAGUAGCGGGAGAAUCUCAAAAAGAACGGACUGUGAAUUUUGAUACCCCUAAAAGAUCACCCUACGAGCCUGAGAAGAAAACGGAUCCAUUGGUGCCAACGCGGAAACCGCCUGCCCCGCCAGCAAGCUCUCAAAUGCUCGAAAAAGCAAACUCCCUGACGAGAAAAGCAGGCGACUCAGCCAGGUCAUCUCUGUCAGGGCCAUCGAGCCAGUCGAAUAGGAAAUCUAUUGGUGAUCCAGUCGAAGAAGAGGUGCACGAUCAAAGUCAAACCAAACCAGCAACCGGUUUGCCUCCUAGCGGUGGUAUCGGAGCUGCUUUGGUGAACGCUGGUGACGUUUCAAGCUCUGUGGGAAGGCUCGUUGGAUCACGUAGGAACAAUCCAACACUGAACGCACAGGCACAACGCCAAAAUAUGAUGAAUUCUGGUAAGCUGACCCGCGAUCUUCCAUUCGAUAUCAAUAGUCGAACUGCGAAAGCCAUUGCUAACCGCAUGUCUAUCCCCCUAGGCUCUGACAACCAAAAGCCAAAUCUAGCUCUACAGACGCAAAUGUUCCGCAAUCCCUCCAAAGAAAAGAUGCGCAAGCGUCCGUCACCGCAGCACAGUCCCACGUCCGGAGGCCCGCCUUCUCGCAAGAGCUCGACAGCGUCACGCCCUCGGUCUUAUGGACCGGCCUAUUUCUUCAAGGAAAACGAAAUUUCGUUUGAUCGGCCACCACCUGUGCCACAACUGAUUUCUGAAGACGAUUCAGACGACGGGCUGUUUGCAAAACCACUAGCAGGAAAAGUACAAGCGGCCAGGAAGUCAGUUGCAGAAGAUAGUAAUGGUUCGCGGAGACCAACCCUGACUUUGGAUACGGACCAAAGGUCAAGAAAGUCGAAAGGGCUUUCAGUGAGUUGGAAGAAGUCGCCUGACUUACCGACGGACCCUUCCACGGCUCAAUCGAGCAAUACAACAGAUUUAGAUAAUGAUAGUCGCACGUCGAGUUUCGGAAAGUCUGAUCGACGAACUCCAGAGUCCGAUGAUCCCACAUCAGUGUCUGCUGAUUCACCCGACAUCACGAAGAUCUCGCGAAGACAGUCGUUCAUGAGGGACGACGUGUGGGCAAACAGACCGCCAACCGAGGAUCUCCUUAACAAUCUUGACGCUUUCUUUCCCAACCUCGAUCUUGACGAGCCUGUAGUUGAAGACAUGGUAGGCUCUACACCGACCUCGCCCAGUGCUAAUGAUGAUCACAACCCGCUCGACAGCGCAGCUUCAGAGCCUCAAGCAGCUGGUAGACGUAUGAUUCGGUCUUCAUUGUAUGAUCGCAUUCGACCCGAAUCUAUCGCAGAAGAGCCAGAAACAGAAACUCUAGGAUCCGAAGAGUCCACUUUGCGAAGCCGAGCUCCUAUGAGCUCAGGGCUGGCCAACAGAAGCGUUCGCAAAUCUGGUGGAUUGGGGCGUAUGAAGUCAAUACGUGACGUUGCGCGUGGCGCUCAUGAAGGCUCCUCCAAGCGUAAUACCCAAAUCCACACACCCGGAAUUCCUUCUAUACCUAUGUCUAGCGACAUCGUCCGCCGCAAGAGCACCAAAAUGUUCGGUGCCAACAUCGUCCAAGUCAAACCAGGAAGAGGGAGUCGCGUCAGCCUGAUUGAAGCUGUGCCCAAACAAGCCCCAGGCCCACCAGCCAACUCCUUCCAAAUCGCUCGCGGCCAGCUCAUUGGCAAAGGCAGCUACGGUAAAGUCUACCUAGGCAUGAAUCUCACAACCGGCGACUUCCUCGCCGUGAAACAAGUCGAUGUGAGCCAAAGAGCCGCCGGCAAUGACAAAGACCGCAUGAAAGACAUGGUCGCAGCACUCGACCAAGAAAUCGACACAAUGCAACACCUCGAACACCCCAACAUUGUACAAUACCUCGGCUGCGAGCGAAAAGACUUUUCCAUCUCCAUCUUCUUGGAGUACAUCUCCGGCGGCAGCGUAGGCUCCUGUCUGCGCAAACACGGGAAAUUCGAAGAAUCCCUCGUUUCCUCCCUGACGCGCCAAACGCUCGGCGCACUCGCAUACCUCCAUCAAGAAGGCGUGCUCCACCGCGAUCUCAAAGCCGACAACAUCCUCCUCGACAUCGACGGCACCUGCAAAAUCUCCGAUUUCGGCAUCUCCAAGAAGACAGACAAUAUCUACGGCAACGACAUCACAAACAACAUGCAAGGCUCCGUCUUCUGGAUGGCCCCCGAGGUCGUGCGGUCCCAAGGUCAGGGCUACUCUGCCAAGGUCGACAUCUGGUCUCUCGGGUGCGUCGUGCUCGAGAUGUUCGCUGGCCGCCGCCCUUGGUCUAAGGAUGAGGCCGUGGGGGCAAUCUAUAAAUUAGGGACCUUGAAUCAGGCGCCCCCAAUCCCGGAUGAUGUCAGUCAGGCGAUCAGUGCGCAGGCUUUGAGCUUUAUGCUGGAUUGCUUUACGAUUGACCCGAGGGAGCGGCCGACGGCGGGGACGCUGUUGCAGCAACAGCCGUUCUUUGGGGAGACGAAGGGGUGGGAUUUUGCGGAAACAGAGUUGGCGAGGAAGUUGAGAGAAGGGGAUAUUAGGUAG